AUGCAAUUUUCCCUGUUACUCGGCGUCCUCGCCGCCUCUUCCUCCGUCCAAGGCCUUAUAUUCCGCGACAAAAUCGUACAGGAUGUCGACGGCACUCUUUUCACAUUAGUCCACGGCGUUCAAGAACAAACCGAGGUGGUCCUCGACGAGAACCCUCACAGUCUGGAAAAUAAUGCCUGGGAAUUCAACACCGAGGGCCGGGCGGAUACCGAUGCUGUUAUUUCCCCGAUAAACUCCCCUGCCUUCCUCGCAUGCAAUGAGGGCGCACUUUGCAGCCUAGACUUUGAAGGAGACAAACAAGCUUACCGGGUUACCAUCGUCGAUGGGGGUGCUAGGGGUCCUAUCUUUACUUUUCAAGACAUUCUCUCAUCGCUCUAUGUGUCCAGGGCUCCGGAUUCGCACUAUCUGGAGCUUGCCUCGGGCGCGGGCGCCUUGUCUGAAUUCAAAUUGGUCAAGAUUCACAGUAGGCUUUCUUCUCCUUUGAUAUCGAGGUUUUGGCUAUGCUGA